CGUAAAAUCAUGUUGCCAGGGUGGGCGAGGAAUAUUAGAUUGGAGGAGAAAAUUGGAUAGUGUUUAUCGCCUGAUUUGUGAUUCUUUGUGCGGGUUCCUUAACAUUUUAAAUGAAAAACUCAAUAAGGUAAUCGUGAAUUCAAUCAAGCAAAUUUCUGCCUUCAUUCAAUCAUUGUUUCGCUCUCUGUAGGCUAUAUCCUGCUAGAAUAAUCUGGCAACUCCGGAAAACACUCCCCGGUGAUAUUACUGCUAGAAGAUAAAUAUGAACUAAAAAAUAACCUCUAGAGCUUUGCUGGUUUAUAUCGUCAAUUACGUCCAUACAAAACCGAUAGAAAAUGAAAGUUGUUUUAGCCUACUUUAAAAGUGGGUCAGCAAGUUAAACAGCAGAUGUCAAGACAGGUUCGUAGGCUACUUCUGCCAAACAAACGCAUGCAUCUUAGCCUUACGCAAAAUUAGCUUUCGUCAAACAUUCAAGUUUUGCAUCCCCCAUAGCUAUGUGGGGCAAUGAAGUUUUUAUUGGGUGUUAAAAUGCGGAAACGAUCGCGGUUUAAACUUUUAAAAUACCUAGCUGUCGCUGGAUUAAUAACGCUUUUAGUAAUCUUUGCUUUCAACGACACAUUACUUUGGCCAUCCCUUCCUAAGAAGACUCCAACACCUAAAAAUCUCCAUGAUGUGAUCUCACCGUCAACAUACAGAUUCAUUCUGAACCAGCCAGAACUGUGCGAGAAGAAGAAGAGUCCUUUCCUGGUUCUUAUGAUCCCAGUGACUCUCGAAAGCAGAGAGGCUAGGACUGCUAUUAGAAGGACAUGGGGUCAACAUGGCUUGAUUCCUGGUGUGGAUAUUUUGCAUUUGUUUGUCGUUGGUCAGCCCGCACAAAGCGACCCAGUACUGCAGGAGCACUUUGAGAGGGAGAGCAAUGAAUAUGGUGACAUUAUUCAAAUGAACUUUGUGGACAGCUACCAUAAUCUCACAAUCAAGACGAUGAUGAUUAUGAACUGGAUAGCCACUUACUGCCAGGGUGCCUUGUAUACCAUGAAGAUCGAUGCAGAUGUCUUUCUCAAUGUGCGUUACCUGGUGGACUACCUUCAUGGUCGGGACGAGUCCUCAAGGAAAGACUACAUCACUGGAUCGGUCAUCUCAGAUGCUGUUCCUCACAGGGACAGUUCCAACAAAUGGUAUAUCCCAGAGGAUCUUUACCCAGACACCUGGUAUCCUCCAUAUGUGUCUGGAGCUGCUUAUGUCUUUUCCACUGACCUGGCCAGAAAAAUAUCAUGGGCCUCUAGAUUUGUGCGGCCAAUUCCACUUGAAGAUGUUUAUGUGGGGAUGUGCCUUCAAGUCCUGGGUGUAAAACCAGUUUACGCAACACAAUUUCUGGGACUUAGGAAUCUUUUUGAGGUGCGCAGGCUUAGUUAUGAAAGGUGCACUUUUUCCAAGCGCAUUGUAGUGAAUGGCUUUAAUCCACAGAAUCUUAUCCGCAUUUGGCAUGACUUUCAGAAGUCUCAAUCUACAUGUUGAUGCAGACUAUUUACCUUCAUCAAACUGAAAUCCUAAAAUUGUAUUAGAAGUAGCCUACACUUGCUGUGAUUCAGCACUUACACAUGUAAGAGAGAAUACAGAACACUUACAAAAUAAUGUAUUAGAAAACAUUGUUAAUAUAUAAAUAAAUAAGCAAUACCUAUUAGAAGGUCAAUGCAUAAAUAAAUGAACAGGACAUGGAAGUGGUGAUAGGCCUAUUUGGAUUACAGAAACAAUUACAAAAAUACUUUUUUUUUCGCCGAAUGCUUGCUGUGGCAUCAUCCUCCAGAAAGCAAAAGAGUAAAAACACCGGGAAAUGGGUAAUUCCUGAAUUCUAUUUUCAGGAUUUUUCUUUAUUUGAAGUAAUAUAAAAAUCAAUUUAGUCUGUUUUCAAAAUGUAAAAGACAGCUGAUUGGCUGUUUUAUGCGCCCUUUAAAAUAAGAGAGACUCUUAAAUAUAUAUCAGAAAUUUAUUUUAUUAAUCGAUUGCAGUUUCAUUUAUUUAAACCAUGAUUUAAACUGAGUAUGCUUGUGCUUCUGUCAUGAAAAGUGCAUGGGUGGUAACUCUUUAAAAUCACAUUU